CCUCUCAGCUAAAGGAGCAGCGUGGCCAGCCCCUCGGUGGUCAGUGGCAGAGCGCUGCCCAGCCCAGCCCCUCCCAGCCUGGAGAACUUGGCCUCGGAGCUCCCAACGCCCAGACGGACCCCAGACGGACCCCCGACAGGCCGACCCCAGGCGGCAGAGGCGCCAGCGGCGGCUCUGAGCCCAGGCCGGUCCGACUCUGGCAAGUGCCUUCCCUGUGAGCCUCAGAACGCCAAGCCUUACAGCUUUCAGGCACCAGUGAGAAGCAGCCCACCACGCGAGCCACAGGAGAAGGCCUUGGGCCUGAGACCAGACAGAAUUCUACUCCAGAGGGUUGGAUCUUGCUCUGCCCUCGGGAUCAGCCUCCCCAUCAGGCCUCAGCUGGCAGGCAGGGUUCAUGUGUGACUGUUGCAAGCUCUUUGCAGCCUUUGGUGGUCCCACUCGGUCUUCUGAAAGCAUGAAGGGAAGCCUGACCCUGGUUGGGAUCCUCUGGGCCGUGCUGUCUCUGCUCACCGCUGUGGCCAGCACCACCAGCUACUUCCUGCCCUACUGGCUCUUUGGCUCCCAGCUUGGGAAGCCAGUGUCCUUCAGCAUGUUCCGGCGUUGUAACUACCCUGUCCGGGGUGAAGGGCGCAGCCUGGUGAUGGUGGAAGAGUGUGGCCGCUAUGCCAACUUUAACGCCAUCCCCAGCCUGGCCUGGCAGAUGUGCACUGUGGUGACGGGCACAGGCUGUGCCCUGCUGCUCCUGGUGGCACUGGGGGCCAUCCUGGGUUGCUGCAUGGACGAGCUCAUCUCCAGGAUCAUGGGCCGAUGCAUGGGAGCGGCCCAGUUUGUGGGAGGUCUGCUGAUUGGUGCAGGCUGUGCCUUGUACCCCCUAGGCUGGAACAGCCCUGAGGUGAUGCAGACCUGUGGGAACGCUUCCAGUCAGUUUCACUUAGGUACCUGCCAGCUUGGUUGGGCAUACUACUGCGCUGGGGGCGGAGCUGCAGUGGCCAUGCUGAUCUGCACCUGGCUCUCCUGCUUUGCUGGAAGGCUUCCCAAGCCCAUCGUGAAUUCGUACACCAUGGAGCUGGAGCAUUGCCUCCACCCCUGAGCCAGCCUGCCGUUCUAGUCUCUUGGGGUGCUGGGGGUGGGGAAGGGCAUGGGUGGGAAGGAAGUCCAAGGCUUUCUCCUUCCCAGCUCCCCCCAACCCCCAAGCCUUAGUCUUAGCUUACCUCUUUCUCUUUCCUUUUCACUUGCCCAAAGCCAGGGGGACUAGGAGCGAUUGACCAGAUUAAUAGGAUAUUAGCUUUACAACUGUCACACUUUUCUUCUUCCCCCCCCUUCCCCCUGGGGUCUCCAGGCCCUCAAGGGUUCCUUUCCCCCAAAUCCCUCAAGAUUCCUCCACCAAAACCCAUCAGUCCUUCCCUGAGCACUUAUGAACCAUUAUUCCUCUGUGGUUGGCACAAACAUCCUUUCCUACUGGAUCACAGACCUAGAGCUGUAAGAGAUCCUUGAACUCAUUAAGUCCAGCCUCCUGCUUGGAUACAUAGGGAAACUGAGGCCCAGAGAUCAGGAAGCCCCAGAGCUGGGAUCUGGGCCCUCAGAGCUCCUCCCCAUGCUGCCCAGCCACAUCCUGCCACGGGGCAGCUUCCCCUUCACCUUCCAAAUGAGGGUCCCCUCCAUGCUUCUUGCCUCCAUCUUCCAAUUGUUAAUGAUGGCUCUGUCCACCCAGGAAUCCUUCUGGAUAGACACCACACAGAGAAGGGUAGGCACAUUCUAGCUGAUUACGGGGGUUCCUACAUCAGGCAGUGGAAUCAGGGCCAGCAGGGGCUGAGAAGGGAGAUGAAGUGCAGGGGUGGGGGGCACUACCCUGGCAGUCAGGAGGCCUCCCACUCACUCGCUGUGGGCCCCUCCCCAUGCCUCAGUUUCCUCGUGGUGAUUUCAGAGGGUCCUGAUUCCAGUCCUGACAUUUUACAAUUCUUCUGAAUCCCUUGGAGAUCCCCCCCCAAAAAGGCCAUGGAGCCUCCAUCUGAAUUGGAAAUGGGUCUGGGGAGCUUGCUCUAAGAGGAUUUCUUUCUGAGCUCUUGAAGAGAUUUCAUACCUUAGCAGCUUUCUUCCCAGGUGGAUAGAGAUGCAUUUUUCGGCUCUGAUUUCCCUUUCAUAUGCUUACAAGAGAAGUCUGCCAGCAUUGACUCCCCUCAUGACCCCAGCCCUGGCCACUAUCCUGCUUCCUCCCAGGGCCACACAAACAGUCUGAAAGGGAUUGAGGAGCCGCCUAGGCAGCACUGACUGUAGCGGGCAAAAAGGCCUGGCUUUCAGUCCCAGCCCUGAUGCAUACUAGCCAUGGGACAGUGGGCAUUUAAAGUCUCCAUCUCCUGUGCCUCAGUUUCCUCAUCAGCACAAUGUGAUAGCAAUACUUCUGCUCCCUUUCUCCUUCCCAGGGUUGUUGGAAGGAAAGCAUUCUACGCACCAUAAGGAGCUUGAGAAACGGGUCUGUUACUCAGAAGAUAGCUUGCUACUGAGCAGUCCAGGGCCAAAGCAUGACCAGGAGGGAGGGGGAGGCUGACUACUGACUGUGACAGAUUCAAGGGAAAGAGGCUCAGGAAACCUCUCAGGCACCAUUCUGGGACCACCAGAGCCCCCCUGGGUAGCCUUCUGUCCUCAUCUGGGCAAAAGCUGCAGGGCAAAAAGGACUCACUCAUUCCACGGGCAUCUCUUUACAGAAUCAAUCGUUUACAGAGAUUGGAUUUGGGGCCACUUAUGAAAAUGUCAAUGCCUACCACUCAUGGCCAUCUUGUUGAACCCCGUGGUUCCUUGGGGCAACAAGAGGCAGGGUCCCUUUGCUGAACCCAUGCUGCCAUGGGGCUGCGCCUGCUGAGAGGGACAUUGCCCGGGAGUUCUCUCUUCCCCCCUCUAGCACAUGGUAGGGUCUCCAGGGCACCCACGAGUUUCACAGCAUCAUGGUGUGGUCUUAAAUAAGCCAGUCUGGGCUCCCUCCAGGAUGGGAGGGGGAGGGGGAAUGAUAUCAAGGCUAAAAAUAAACCAGCAGGCACUUGGUGCCCUGGUUCCUGGGCUUCUGAGGAGUGAGAUGCUGAAGUUACACUUUGAAAAUUGUCAUGAGAAUGGAGCCUGUUGGGGGUCAUUACUGUCAGGACACAGGAGGUGUUUCAGAUACUUUCAAAAACAUGAGUUCCUUCCCUUGUAGCUCUCUUACCAGGGGUCUGUUACCCCGGGCUUCCCCUCUUCCUCUCCUCCUUCCUAUUUCCCUUCCCUCCCCAGAUUCCCUCCUCCCCCCUGCACUGUGCUACUGCUGCUGCUCACUUCACUGUUUAACAGAGAGAGCAAGGGGCCUAAAGUGGUAUAGGAACACCAGCUCCACCUUGGAGCCAAUAAGUUGCCCAGGGUUGUUACUGAGGCAUCUUCCCAUCUGGAGUAGGAGAGACAAUGGAACAGUAGAGCAAAAAUGAAUGAUAAGACCUUUGCUGGGAUAUUUGAAAAAGGUUGAAAAAGAGGGCUCAGAGAAGGCAGAGGUCCUGUCCCUUAGCAAUAAGGGUAGAAGGCCUGAACACUGUAACCUCUGUGCUUCCCUCUUCUCAUGGCCCCAGGGCUCAGAGCCCUCAACAUGGGCCUGAAAUGGAAAGACUACAGUCCCUGCCCACAGGGGGAGCUCUCAGCCUCACUGAAGAGACAACAUUGGGCCUGUGGUUGGUAGAGAACAGCAAAAGAGACUGAGCAGGGAGUGGCUUGGCAGAGAAACCAGCAGUGAAGAGAAUAAAGCAGCAGAAGACCCCAGUGGUUCAUAACACCUUAUAGUUCAAUGAUGUCGCUAGGCCAGCAGCAGACAUCAGCAUUCCCUGCGUGUGUCAUCUCCCAGUGAUGAUGUGGGAAGCUGCGGGAGAAUGAAUGCCUCUGUGUACACUUGGUGGUUAUGUUCUCGUGGGAAUUCUUUUCACUUACAGGUUGGAUUAGAUGGUCACUGAGGUCCCUUCCAACUAUCAGAUUCUUUGUGUGUGCAUAGUGUGUGCCAAUUGGGGAGGAGUUCUUUGUCAUUUAUUUGCUAUGCUCUUUUAAUUAAACAUCUUUUGCUUUGAA